CUGAUUGCCUCCAGCAACAAAGGGCAGUCACUCCGGAGUAUAAAAGGAGCGCAGCUGGGAAGCGGGGGCGUGGUUGUUGCGCCAUUGGUGAAAGUGAGUCUUUUUACUUCGGUCGGCUGCACCUCAACUGGUCAUGGCUUCCAACGAGAAUCCCGAAUCUGUCGCCCAAGCCGUCGCCCAAUCCAGCACCGGCCCAGCGGCGGAGAAAGUCGAAGAGAAAGUAACUGAGAAUGUAGCUGACAGGGUAGCCAGCCUGCCGCUGGUCAGCUCCGCCUACGACAUGGUCUCGGCAGCGUACGCAUCUACGAAAGAGAGCCAUCCCUACGUGAAGUCUGUCUGCGACAUGGCCGAGAAGGGAGUGAAGACUAUAGCUUCGGCGGCGGUCAGCGGCGCCCAGCCCAUUCUCAACAAACUGGAGCCACAGAUUUCCACAGCGAAUGAAUACGCUUUGAAAGGUUUGGACAAACUGGAAGAGAAAUUGCCCAUUCUCCAGCAACCCACCGAUAAGAUCAUUUCAGACACAAAAGACCUGGUGUCCGGAGCUAAGGAGGCGGUGAGUUCCACCGUCAGCGGCAUGGUGGACAAAACCAAGGAAGUUGUCCAUGGCGGCGUGGAGAUGACCCGCUCGGCUGUCCAAAGUGGCGUGGAGAUGACCCGCUCUGCGGUUUCCAGCGGCGUCAACACCAUGAUGGAGUCUUCGGUGGGACAGAUGGUGUCCAGCAACUUGGAAGCUGCCCUUGGAAAAUCGGAAGAGAUUGUGGACCAUUACCUUCCCAUGACCGAUGAAGAACUGGCCAAGCUGGCUACCUCCGUGGAGGGCUUCGAAAUUGGCACGGUGGAGCAACAGAAGGAGCAGAAAAGUUACUUUGUGCGCCUGGGCUCCUUGUCCAGCAAACUUCGUCACCGGGCCUUCCAGCACUCCCUGGUCAAGCUGAAACGGGCCAAGCAGAGCACCCAAGACUCCCUGUCCCAGCUGCACCAGGCCAUCGAACUGAUCGAACACGUCAAACAGGGGGUUGAUCAGAAGAUCCAAAGCGGCCAAGAAAAGCUCCACCAGAUGUGGCUGCAGUGGCACCAGAAAGAGGCCCCCGAGGAGACCCAGAAGGAGGCCCCCAAGCCACAGGAGAUCGAGUCCCAAGCUCUGGAGGUCUCCCGCGGCCUCACCCAGCAAUUGCAGUCGGCUACGACGACGCUGGUCUCCAACCUCCAAGGUCUACCAGCCGGCCUUCAAGAGAAAGCGGGCCUCAUCCGCCAGAACGUCGACGAGCUCCGUACCGCCUUCAUGACGGCUGGAUCUUUCCAGGAUCUGUCGGGAUCCAUCCUAGCUCAGAGUCGGGAGAAAGUUGCCAAGGCCCGUCAGUUGACGGAUGAGCUGAUGGAUCACGUGGUUCAAAACGUCCCUCUUACUUGGCUCGUAGGCCCUUUCUCGGCCUCGGGCAAACCAGAGGGGGAAGAAAUAGAAAUGAAAUAAUAGAAUAGCAUUGGAAGGAUGUGAGCAAUUCAGAAUAUGGUGAAGUGUAAGGGGUUGUUGUUGUUGUUUUUGUGGGUGGGGAAGCAAAGGGAAGAAUUAAGCUUGGCUGCACAUCGUUUAAAUAAAUAUAGAAUUCUUGGUGCAAAAGAUUGCUGGACCAUGCACGCCAAAGUCCAGAGGUGGUAUUUUUGGGGGGGAUGGUCUGGUUGCUUUUGUUGUUCUAACACGAUCCAGUGAAAUUUUGGGCUUGGCGGGCUUAUUUCGCCCAGUUGAACGCGCCUGAUUUAGUACUGUAAAUUGGCAAUCGGAGAGGCAUUUUUUUUGCCCUCACCCACUCAUCUUAAAAGCAAAAUUGUUUUUUUUUGUUUUUUUACAUUUGCAGGGUGAGGAGAAUAGAAUCCAUUCUAAAUGGGAUAGGGCCAAAACUAAGAAGCGGUUAUUAUCUGUAUUUUUCCAUCUGCGCUCGAAUUAUUUGGUCAAUCAAUCGCAGGGAGACGAUUCUUGCAAGGGAAAACUGGGAGGCGAAGAGUUUAUUCAGUUGGGUGCAAAAUGCAGCAAAAAACGACAGGGAAGUUUGACCAAUUACACCCAAGUAGCGCCUUUUUUUCCUCUCAAUUUUUAUUUCCCCGUGAUAAUUCUCCAGCUUAAUUGGUCUUUUUUCUAUACCCCACCACCCCUUAUUUCUGCUGAAGGCACAGAUUCAGGGUUUUUUGCUGACAGAACCGACAAAGCGGAAAUCGCCAGAAAUAUAAGCGAGAUGAAGAGAUGGUGACCAAGAUGAGGGAGUUACCUGUUUUGCUUCUAUUCCUGCAUUCUGGUCCUUUUUAUCCAACCUUUCUCGGUGCCUGUAGACUUUAGACGGCAGGAGGGGAAAUGUGGUUAACAUCUUUGUAAAGUUUCUUCUGUAUUUGCAAGUGAAGUUAUCUAGGGCAGGGGUCUCCAACCUUGGUCCCUUUAAGACUUGUGGACUUCAACUCCCAGAGUCC